CGCGUACGAAGCAAGCGAGCGAGCGCGUAAGAAGCAAGCAAGCGACACCCCGCGGUCCCCCCCGCCGAGCGCACGCCCUCCCCCGUCUUGCACCGAUAGGCCCCUCCGUGCCCCGAUAGGCUCCCCCAUUCACCAUCAGGGCUCCCCCAUCAUGCCUAGCGGGCGGCGCGCGCCCAGACCAUCAACGCCGCCGGAGUCGUGCGCCCCAUCAGCGGCGCGGCGGGCAAGCGCGCGGGACCCUGCGCGGAUGGGGGUCUGGAGCGCCUGCCGGUGCACCGCGCGACCUCCCACGCUCCCACGCGCUCGCUUGAGGGAUGACAGGCUUACAGCCGUUUUCAUUGUUCGACUCUCUUGUGAGUUGUGCGCAGUAGUACUGCUGCUUCCAGCAGAGACGAGGACGCCGUGCGACCAGGGGGGAUCCGGGGAGGUAUCUACCGUGGUCUCAAGCGCCCGUCCAGGACUCCGGGAGGUAAACAAUCACCGGCUCAGCGGAGGUGGCGGAGGGUGGGUGUAUGCAUGGGAGACGAUGAAUAGAAGCGGCGUUGCGAUUGACGCAAGACGUGACAGGGGUGGCGAAGGGCGGAGUGCAAUGUCUGCCUUCAGUACGUGUUAGCGCGGGUAGGAAUCGUGGGCGGACCUGCAUACUGUAUCGUAGAACGCGGAGUCACUGGACACGGAGACGACGGAGCUUGAGGAUGGG